CGUGAACUCGACUGGAGUGAGGUUUUGCUUGGGACCACUGGCUGCCAGGAGCGCCGUGGACUCUAACCUUCCCUCCUUCCUCCCAGUCCCUCGCCCGGGGGCCGGCCUCUCCCCCUUGUCCUUUCUGUCCCUCAGGGCCCUUCACUUAGCAUUAUCGUUCCUCAGGGGCCCCAGUCGAAAUCCUCUGACCCCCUCGCUGUCCUCCCCCUCUAACUCGUGACCAGGGAAGACGGCAGAACUGGCCUCAGGACCCUUGAGGAGGAGAGGGGAGGGGAGGGUUGGGACGACCUCCCGGCACCGAAGCAGUGUCUCGCGCUUCCGGCUCCUUCCCCUCGGUCCUCCCUAGCCCAGCGACUCCCUCUCCUCUCCUCGGCAGGAGUCGGAAGAUUCCCAGAUGUUCUCGGAGGAAAGCCCCGCAUCCCGAAGGGAAGCGCGGAAGCUUUGGGCAACGGCGGGCGCGGCUCAACGGAACCAAGAGGGCAAGUGGAGCAGGGAACGGGACAGCAGCAUCGACACCAGCUCUAGCAGGGUUGCGCCCCUUAAUUGGAGGAAGCAAAGCACCAUGACAGACGGGGACUCGUCCGACUUUAGCCGCGCGGCGGUUAGCGCCACGUUCGAGGAGCCCCCGAGCAAGCCCACUCUGGGGAAAAACGUAGAGGACGUCGAUAGGAGCAACCCUAAACGAUUCCCUGAGUUAGAUGGGGAAGGCUACAUGGGAUCUCGAGAUGCUACGCACCGCGCUUACUGGGCUGAGCUACAGAAUCGACUACCCCUGUCUCUGGUCAACCUCAUGGAGCAGGAGGCGCUGGAAAUCCUUACAAAAAGCCUCCAUAGUUACCGCAAGGGGAUCGGGCAAGACCAUAAGCUGACCCAGCAGCUCCAGCGGCACGUGGACCAGCUCCGCAGGAACCUGAAGAAUCGUCUCGUCACCUGAGUUCCUCGUGGCCCCCUCGGGAACCCCGCCCCUCUGGGCGCUGGCCCCGCCCCGAGGGACUCCGCCCCCCGACAUAAAUAAAGGCGCUCCGCCCCUUGCUCUGCCCGCCUGGGUGUCUGCGCCUGCGUGGGACGCGGGAGGGGAGAGAAAAGGGGGGGGGUCGUUCCCGGUGCCACAUGACUACGCCCCGCCCCGCGACCUUCAACGGUCACCGCAGUGACCUUGGGCGCCUGUGCGCCCCCCUGCGGGCUC